AUGAUAGACAGUGAUAACAAAAGUAUAAAGAAUAAUAAAGAGAGUAUUUCGAAAGAAUACAAAACAAAGGAUAUGAUAGAAGGAGACAAAGAAAGAAAGAAUGACAUAAUAAAAGAAUACAUAAAAAAUAUGAAUGAAGAAGAUUUCUUAUAUCUAAGUGAACAUUUAAAAAUAAGAUUAGAUAAUGAAAUAUUUAUGUCUCAAGAAUUAAAUGACUAUAUUAAUAAACAUAUUGAUAUAAUAUGUGAAUUACAUUUUAAAAAUUUUAAAAAAGAAAAACCUCAUAUGAAAAAUGUCUUUAUUGAUCUUACAUUGAAACUGAAAUAUUUAAGACAUUUGGAAUAUCUGAAAAGAAAAAAAAAAAAAGAUAAAGAAAUUAAAAAUAUAAAUAUAAAUAUAAAUAAAAAGGACGAACAAAUAAAAGAAAAUAUGGACGAAGCCAGGAAAAAUGAGUUAUAUCAAAGUAAUAUACAUAACAAAGAUACAAUAAUAAAAUGUAUAAAUAAUUUAAAAGAUAAAAAAGAUUUAUCAAAUAAAAAUAUAUUGGAUGAUAAUAAAAAUAUAGUUGAAUUAACCUUACAAGAUAUAUCAUCAGGAUACUCUGAAACAUCUUGUAAAUCUGUUAAUUCUCUAAAAUGUGGAAACUCUUCAUCAUCAUCUAGUUGUGAUGAUAAUAGCAGCUUUUUAUUUUCUUGUUCUUCUGAUUGUGAUGAAGAUACAUCAGAUGAAGAACUUUUAUCAUCUAUACAUUUUGAUAAAAGAGAAAUGUCUACAUUAAAAAGUUUGGAAAAAGCUAAAAAUGUAUAUUUUGCAUAUAUAAAUAAUAAAUUGAAAAAAUAUGAUAUAUUAGAUAAUUUUAAUGUUAAUUUCCUUGAACUAGUAAAUCAUUAUUUAUCUGAUAUAAAAUGGAAUGGUAAUAAUUUAAAAAAAUCAAAUGAAUAUAAAGAUAGAAUAAAAGAAUUUUUGUCAAAUGAAGAAAAUGUAAAGAAAAUUGAAUUAAAUCAAAGUAAAUUAAGAUCUGAUAUAUUAAAUUCCAUGUUUGGAUUCCAUAUUAUUAAUGAAACACAUCCAAUGAAAUUGCCAAUAAAAAAUAUGAACAACUUAUCUUAUCAAAACGGAGAAGUAAAUAAUAUAUAUGCUUAUAAAUCCAACACAAACAAACAUCGUGUAUAUACAAAGCUUGGGCAGUUAUAUGAAAGUAAUGACAAUAUAAGAAAUAUGAAUUAUUAUAAUAAUAUAGAAAAUAUGAAUACUAAAGAUAACAUAGAUAAUAUAAAUGUAUUAAAUGAAUGGGGCAAAUUUAUGGAUCAAAUAAUAAUCAAUGAAUCAACAUCUCCAGGAAUGGAUAAAAAAAAAAAAAAAAUAAACACAAAGAGAUUAUAUCAGAAUAAUGAAAAAAAUAAUGAUGAUAAUAUUAAUAUGUGUGGAGAACAUCAGAAUAAUGUGAAACAUAAAAAAAAAAAAUCAACAUCCAAAUCCAAACAUAUUUUUAAGAGUAAUGAAGUAUCCAUAUAUUUUAAUGAUGAUAUAAAAAAAAUUGAACAUGUUGCAAAAAAGGAAUUAGAAGAAUAUAUCAAAGAAAUUUAUAACAAAUCAAAAAUUCAUAACAAGAUAUCUAGUUUGAAACAAUAUAUAUUAAUGACACAUUGGAAAGAAUUAACGAAACAUAAUAAUUACAUGAGUUUAUUAUGUGAAGAAAAAAAACGAAAUUGCAAAAUAUUAGCAAAUUUAUGUUAUAAUCAGAUGAAAUCUAUAGAUCAGAAACGUAAAAUAAUUUUAGAAAAAGAAGAAAGAGAAAGAAUGAAAUUAUUAAAAGAUAAUGAUAUGGAAGCUUAUAUGAAGUUAAUUAGAACAGCUAAAAAUAAACGUUUACAAGAAUUGUUAGAUGUAACGGAUGAAUUUUUAAAUAAUAUGUCUAAAUGUGUUUUAUAUCAAAAAAAAGAAUCAUCAGAACAAAAUGUGCAUGAUAUUAUAGAUACUAAAAAUGAUGAAAUUGGAAUAUGUAAUAAAAGUUAUAAUAAGAAAGAUAAAGAUAAUAUACUUGAAAGUGUUAAUAAUUCUAGAAUACAUUUACAAGAACCAAAUGUAUAUAAUAAUAAAAAAUUAAAUGAGAGUAUAAUAUAUGAACAUAAUGAAAAGAAUAGAAAUAUAUGUAAUUAUAAAAAUGCUAGAGAAAAUUAUUAUAACAUAUCUCAUGUUAUUAAAGAAAAAGUAAAACAGCCAUCAAUUCUUAUAGGUGGAGAAUUAAUGAAAUAUCAAUUGGAAGGUUUAGAAUGGUUAGUUUCUUUAUAUAAUAAUAAUUUACAUGGUAUUUUAGCUGAUGAAAUGGGUUUAGGUAAAACUAUACAAACAAUUAGUUUAUUUGCAUAUUUGAAAGAAUAUAAAAAUAAUAUUAAUGUAAAAAAUUUAAUUAUAGUACCUUUAUCUACACUUCCAAAUUGGCUUAGUGAAUUUAAUAGAUGGUGUCCAUCAUUAAAAGUUAUAACAUAUAGAGGAAAUAAAUUAGAAAGAAAACAUAUAGCUAAAAAAUUAUUAGAACAAUCAUUUGAUAUAUGUAUUACUACAUUUGAUUUAAUUAUAAAACAAAAAUCUUUUUUAAUGAAAAUAUCAUGGAAUUAUAUAGUAGUUGAUGAAGGACAUCGAAUGAAAAAUAAUAAAUCACGUUUUCAUAUAUUCUUAUCAGAAUUUAAAAGUAAAUAUCGUAUAUUAUUAACUGGAACUCCAUUACAAAAUAAUUUAUCAGAAUUAUGGUCACUUCUUAAUUUUCUUUUACCAAAAAUAUUUUCUUCAUGUAUAGACUUUGAAAAUUGGUUUGUCAAAUCAUUAAAUAAUGAAAAAGAUAUUUAUGAAAAUAUAACAGAAGAAGAACAACUUUUAAUAAUAAACAGAUUACAUAGUGUUCUCUUACCUUUUAUGUUAAGAAGAGUUAAAAAAGAUGUUCUAAAAUCAUUACCCAAAAAAUAUGAAUAUAAUAUACAUAUUGAAUUAUCUCUAUAUCAAAAAAUUUUAUAUAAACAAAUACAAAACAAAGGUUUCAAACAAGUUAAUCAUAAUGGUUCUAUAACAACAAAAAUUUUUCAAAAUAUUGUCAUGCAAUUAAGAAAAAUUGUUAAUCAUCCAUACCUAUUCUUAUAUGAUUAUAACAUUGAUGAAAAUAUUAUAAAAUCUAGUGGCAAAUUUGAAGUACUUGAUCGUAUGCUACCCAAACUUUUGAAAUUCAAACAUAAAGUUCUCAUAUUCUCACAAAUGACAAAACUUAUGAACAUUCUAUGUGACUACCUUGAAUUUAGGGGAUAUAAAUAUCAUAGACUCGAUGGUAAUAUUGGACUCCAACAGAGAAAAAAAAUUAUCGACCAGUUUAAUAAUAAUAUGGAAUAUAAAAAGGAUGCAACAAAACAGGAUAAUGCUGAAAUGUCAACAGGUAAAAAUAUGAACAUGUCAGGUAGUAAAAAUAUGAUAACGCCAAGUAGUAAAAAUAUGAACAUGUCAGGUAGUAAAAAUAUGAACAUGUCAGGUAGUAAAAAUAUGAUAACGCCAACUAGCCAAAACAUGAUAACGCCAACUAGCCAAAACAUGAUAACGUCAAGUAGCCAAAACAUGAUAACGUCAAGUAGCCAAAAUGUCAAAAUGUCCAAUCUCAAAAAGGAAGAAAUUAAUGAUUUCCAAAUUAUGGACGAAAAAAACCUGAAUGGAGGAAACGAAGAUGCAAUGAUAUUUAUUCUAUCCACAAGAUCAGGAAGUUUGGGUUUAAAUUUACAAACCGCUGACACAGUAAUAAUAUUUGACAGCGAUUUUAAUCCUCAUCAAGAUAUUCAAGCCAUGUGUAGGUGUCACAGAAUAGGUCAGAAAAAUGUGGUAAAGGUAUUUCGUUUUAUUACACUAUCGGGGGUCGAAGAGUUGGUUUUUAAAAAGGCUCAGCACAAACUGAGUAUAAAUGAUAAGGUAAUUCAGGCAGGUUUGUUUAAUAAAAUAUAUAAUGAUGAGGAUAGACAGAAUAAAUUGAAGGAUAUUAUUCAAAGAAAUCAAAAGAAUGAUAUGACAAUGCAUCCUACCAAUCCAUUGUUAUUAAAUUAUUAUAUGAAGAGGAAUGAAGAAGAAUUAGAAUAUUUCCUUGAUUUUGAUAAACAUUAUUUUGGGGAGCAAUAUUUUUCAUUAUUAAAUUCGUUGAAUAUAGAAAAUGUAGACAGUGGUCAAUUUACUUAUAUGAGUGAAGAUGAGAAGGAAGAAAAAGAAACAUAUUUGAGUUCAAUUAUAAAAAAGGAGAAAAAGGACGAGGAGGCAGAAGAGGAUGAGGAAGAUCAAAAGGAUACGAAUAAAGAAAAGGAAAAGGAAAAGGAAAGGAAAAAGAAAAAGGACAUAUUUAAAAAUAAUGAUGAUGAUGAGAUAAAAAGUGGAAGUAAUAUAAACGAAGGAGCUAAAAGCAGAAUAUUGGAUGAAUAUUAUAAUGAUAAUACAAAAUGUGUAAACGUAUCAAAUGAUCGAUUGACAUUUAAAAGAAAACAUGAUAAUGAUGAUUUUCAAUGUGACGAUGAAAAAAUAAAUCAAAAUGUAGAGUGUGGUGUGGAUAAUAUAAUGCAAAAUAAAAAUAAUAAAAGAUUAAAAAUGGAAUGUCAAAAGGAUGAUAAAGAUAAUAAAAGAUUAAAAAUGGAAUGUCAAAAGGAUGAUAAAGAUAAUGACAUAAAUGAUAAUAUGAAUGAUAGUAUGAAUGAUAGUAUGAAUGAUAAUAUGAAUAAUUUAAGUGUGGAUGAUAAAAAAAAGAAAAAUAUAUAUUUUUCAAGUAAGAAUGAUAAUACAAAGAAAUAUUCAGAUACUCAUGACCAAUAUAUAAAUGACAAAAUGGAAGUAAAAGAUGAAGAAGAUUAUUACGGUUUUAUUUUAAAAGAAGAAAAUCAAAACGAUAUAGAAAAAAUAUUAAUUAAAAGCAAUAAAUUAAUAAAUAAAGAUGAAUUACCAGCUUAUUUAUUUUAUGAUGAUAGAAAUGAUUCUCCAGAUAAAAUAAAUCUUAAGAGAUCAAGAAAAGUAAUAAAUAUUAAUUUAAUGCAAGAAGAGAAAUUAACAGAAAAACAAUUUCUCAAAUUAAUUGAUUCCUCACCAUCUAAAUUAUUAUCAAGUGUGGAAAAAGAUUUAAGUACAUAUAAACAAGAUAUAAUGAAAUCUGACAAUGAACAUAACAAUGAUAUAACAACAAUAGAAGAAGUAAAAAAUAAAGAAGAGAUAAAAGGAGAAAAUAUUGAGAGAACAAGAAAUACAUCACCAUUAAAUAUGAAAGAUUUACAGAUAAGUAAAAAUCUAACAAGCGAAAAUGUUCAUAGUACAAAAAAAAGUACUUAUAAUAUGAGAAGUUCUAAAAGAAGAAGUGACACUUCAUCAACAUAUAUGGAAACAAGUAUAAGAAAGAGAAAUGACAAAAAUAUUUCUGUGUGUUUAAAAAAAGGAAAUGUCUUAACAAAAGAGAAAAAAAAAAAUAACAGUAUGGACGAAAAUAUACAAGAAUGUCAAAUGAAUGAUGAAAAUAAGAAAAAAGUUAAAAGAAGAAAAAGUUCACAGUAA